GAUGGAGGACACAUUGGAACUUCAAUUGACCACUACUCAUUACAUGACCUCUGACCUUAUUCUCUCAACAAACCUCACCAACCUGACCGACUGCACCAACACCAACUCCAGCUGCACCGUCUCUAGCGUCAAGCUCUCCCCUUACUACCAACACUCUUUGGCUAUAGCAGCCAGCUUUACCCUAGCCUACCUGUUCAUCUUCAUGCCAUGCAUGGUGGGUAAUUGCCUGGUGUGCCUCAUUGUGGUUAAGAACCGUCACAUGCGGACAGUUACCAACCUCUUCAUCCUCAACCUGGCUAUCAGUGACCUGCUGGUGGGCAUCUUCUGCAUCCCGACUACGCUGGUGGACAACCUCAUCACAGGCUGGCCCUUUAGCAAUGCAGUGUGUAAGUUAAGUGGCCUGGUACAGGGGAUAUCAGUGGCUGCAUCUGUCUUCACCUUGGUUGCCAUCGCCGUGGAUAGAUUCCGCUGUAUUGUUUACCCCUUUAAGCCCAAGCUAACCCUUCUUGUUGCUAAGGCAACUAUAGGGCUGGUGUGGGCUCUUGCACUGGUGAUCAUGCUUCCGUCGGCUGUGAUGCUGACGGUGGAUCAAGAGAAGGGUCACUUCAUGGUAUCCAGUGACAACAAAAUCUACCCUCUCUACUACUGCUAUGAGACCUGGCCUGACCCUGAGAUGAGGAAAGUUUACACCAUGGUCCUGUUUACACACAUCUACCUGAUGCCCUUAGCUCUUAUCAUGAUCAUGUAUGGCUGCAUCGGAGCCAAGCUUUCUGCGACAGCUAUUCUAUCCAACAGUGGGCACCCAGAUAUUAAGUCCCCUAUCUCCCAGAGGAAGGUCAAGGUAGUUAAAAUGCUAAUCGUGGUGGCUCUCCUCUUCAUGCUGUCCUGGCUGCCACUCUGGACCCUGAUGCUCCUCACAGACUACGCCAGACCUGAAGGGGACCAGCUGGACCUUCUGACAGGCUACAUCUUCCCUUUCUCCCACUGGCUGGCCUUCUCCAACUCCAGCAUCAACCCCAUCAUCUAUGGCUACUUCAAUGAAAACUUUAAGAAGGGCUUCCAGGCUGCCUGUCGUCCUGGAUCCUGUUGCAGUGUGGUCCCCCAGGAGCAGGCGGUGAGCAGGAAUCAUCAGGGGUGCAAGGCCAGAACCACCCGGGACACAGCCCUCAGUGCCAACCCUCUCACCAUCCGGGGGGUGAGAAACCGCAUCCACACUGACAGCGACCUGACGGGCUGCGUGUGUCUAGAGAUGGAGCAGAGGAAGGCAGAGUGCUCGGCUGAGGCAGGAGGCUGGCGGGGCUCAGAGGCAGAGGGAAGUAACAGUAACGCUGGAGUGUCAAUAAAAAGGGGUGUUCAUACGGAGGAUGUUGAUGGACUCUCUCCAAUGGGGGUUGCUGUGUGUCAGGCGUGGGAGCAUUGAAAGGCAGUGGGGUGGACAACAACAGUGGGGUGGACAACAACAGUGGGGUGGACAACAACAGUGAGGUGGACAACAACAGUGGGGUGGACAACAACAGUGGGGUGGACAACAACAGUGAG